AUGACUGCUUACGACUAUAUUUCUCUGGCUACAAAGCCCUCGGCACAGUUGUGCUAUAAGUUCCAUGCUGCAACUGGAACAACGAAACCUGUACUUCUGGUCUUUUUGAACGGAAUCGCUUUACCCCAAACAUCAUGGGAAGACGUCAUUGCUCGGUUGCAUGAGAAUUCCCCCACUGGGGUUCUUCCUGCAAUGUUGACCUAUGAUCGUUUCGGCCAGGGCCAAACUACCGAUCGGGACCCUGUUGAUGAAAAUGCUGUCGAUAAAGAGAAUGGUCAUUCUUGUCUCGAUGUUGCCCGCGACCUGCGCCAAUUGGUUACUCAAGUCUCCGAGGAGAAAAUGGGAAUCUCAGAUGUCAACGAACUCCAAUUAGUGCUUGUCUGUAACUCGAUCGGUGGCGCAAUAACCCGACUCUAUGCACAAGAAUACCCCGGAACUGUGGCUGGAGUUCUAUUCUUGGACAGCGUCGUUGCAAACUCAGACUUCAUGUCUAUUUUCCCUGAUCCAGAUGCAUCUGACUUUGAUGCGAGCACACUCCCAGUUGGUGUGACAGUCGCCGAUAUUCAAGAUGCCCGAGAGUUCACUCAACGCGUUCUUCAUCCAGACAACGGAAUGAAGGAGGGUCUCAGUCGCAAGAACCUGAAGGGACUUCUUCCUUAUAGUGAUGGGCCGCAGCUUAAGGGGCCCGGAGGACAUGGUCCUUGGGUUACUGUGGUCGGCCAUGAAUUUAACACAUUUGAGGCCGAGUCAGGCGCUCCACCUAUGAUCAGUCGGAUGUACUUGAAUCCACAUUGGUACACUUACAACGAAGAGUUGACGCAGAUCACGGAAUCUGAGCGAAGUAAGGGUCCGCUCCAGGCCCCUGGGUCGGGUCACUUUAUUCACAAGGACAACCCUGAGUUUGUGGAGAAGGAGAUCCAAGAGAUUCUGAGCAAGGUACUGUGA